GCACCAUCGCCCGUUAUCGGAAAUGUACAAGUCCACGCCAAAAAAUAUCUGCAAUGUGAUGUCUUAACCAGUCAAGCCAUCUCCUUCCUAUCCAAUUUUAUCACAAUUCAGUGCUCACUUUACCACAGGCUAGAGAAAGCAAAAUGGCGGGGAAAUCACAAGCUGAGAAAAAGCAAGAGAUCGGCGUCGGAGCAGGAAGCACGGUAGUGGAAGUGAAUCCAAAGCCACAAAAAGGACUUACUUCAAAACUUAUUGACUACUUGGAAAAGCUGAUUGUUAAAUUAAUGUAUGAUACCUCUCAAUCUCACCAUUACCUCUCCGGCAACUUCGCUCCGGUUCCUGAUGAAACUCCUCCUGUUAAAGACCUUCCCGUUAAAGGCUACCUACCUGAUUGCCUGAACGGGGAAUUUGUGAGGGUGGGUCCAAACCCGAAGCUUGUACCAGUGGCUGGAUACCAUUGGUUUGAUGGAGAUGGAAUGAUUCAUGGUAUGCGCAUUAAAGAUGGAAAAGCAGCAUAUGUCCGUCGUUUUGUGAGGACAUCAAGACUUAAACAAGAAGAGUUUUUCGGAGGUGCCAAAUUUAUGAAGGUUGGAGACCUCAAAGGGCUUUUCGGAUUACUUAUGGUUUACAUGCAAAUGCUUCGAGCAAAAACAAAAGUAUUGGACAUGUCAUAUGGAAAUGGGACUGGUAAUACAAAUCUCAUUUAUCACCAUGGAAAACUUUUGGCACUUCAAGAGGCUGAUAAACCCUAUGUGGUUAAAGUUAUGGAAGAUGGAGAUCUGCAAACUAUUGGCCUGUUGGAUUAUGAAAAAAGACUAAAACAUUCUUUCACUGCUCAUCCAAAGGUGGAUCCAUUCACUGGAGAGAUGUUUACCUUUGGCUAUUCACAUGAACCACCAUAUGUGACAUACAGAGUCAUUUCAAAGGAUGGUGUCAUGCAUGACCCUGUACCAAUAACUAUAUCAGAACCCAUAAUGAUGCAUGACUUUGCAAUUACAGAGAACUAUGCAAUUUUUAUGGAUCUUCCUUUGUACUUCCGACCGAAGGAAAUGGUGAAAGAAAAGAAGCUCAUAUUCACAUUUGAUGCAACAAAAAAAGCUCGUUUUGGUGUCCUUCCACGAUAUGCUAAGGAUGACCUCCUAAUCAAAUGGUUUGAGCUUCCAAAUUGCUUCAUAUUCCACAAUGCCAAUGCCUGGGAGGAGGAGGAUGAAAUUGUUUUAAUCACUUGCCGUGUUCAAAAUCCAGAUUUGGACAUGGUCAGUGGGGAUGUCAAAGAAAAGCUUGAGAAUUUUACAAAUGAGCUGUAUGAGAUGAGAUUCAAUAUGAAAAGUGGUGUAGCUUCACAAAAGAAAUUAUCAGAAGCUGCAGUUGAUUUUACCAGGGUGAAUGAGAGUUACACUGGGAGGAAACAAAGAUAUGUGUACGGGACAAUUCUGGACAGCAUUGCAAAGGUUACAGGGGUUGUUAAAUUUGAUCUACAUGCAGAGCCUGAACCAGGAAAAGGAAAGAUUGAAGUUGGAGGAAAUGUCAAAGGCAUCUUUGACCUUGGUCCUGGUAGAUUUGGUUCAGAGGCUGUAUUUGUCCCUAGUAAACCAGGCACCACGUCCGAGGAAGAUGAUGGCUACCUGAUAUUCUUCGCACAUGAUGAAAGUACCGGAAAAUCAUCAGUGAAUGUGAUUGAUGCAAAAACCAUGUCAGCUGAUCCUGUUGCAGUUGUUGAGUUACCCCACAGAGUUCCAUAUGGGUUCCAUGCCUUCUUUGUGUCGGAGGAACAACUUCAAGAACAGGCAAAGCUGUAAUUGCUCCACAGAAAGAAUAAGCAAUCAUCUGGGCUUGAGAUAUGGUAAUAGAACACACGGAGAACGGGAAGCAGAGUAAUUUCCACUAGCGUGUAGUGGUUGCCUGUUAUGCUGCCAUUGAUUCUGUAUUAACAGAGAACCUGUAAACUAUAAAACCUCAGCAGCAGUACUAGUAGCUAUAUAUAUCGAAAUUUCUUCCUUGAAUAAUGUGAUGGUUUAUCUCUACA